AGGAGAGAGGCUUAUUCUAUUCACAAGAUACACUACGGUAUAAUUUAUUGUCAACCAACAUUCUUUCAUCUCUUGGCGGUUUUCCACAAUGGUGCAUCAAAGAAAGGCGUUCACGUUGAACAAGAAGAGCUUUGAUGUAAGCCAAGAUGCAAGUUCCUGAGUCAUCAACGAAACAACUCAAGCAGUUUUCUCAGUCGAGUCGGCUUCACCGCCAGGGGAUUCGUGAUAGCGAAACAAGCCAAGCCUUGUUGGUUAUCCUGGAUCUAACCGUAUCCUCAUGCAGCGUGGAAUGGAAAUGGGGCAGGUUAGAUCUGAUCUGACCUUGGCAGGGCAUUGCAACGCCAGAAGGCUGAAGUACUAAGCUCUUCUAGGAAGUCUGGUCUGGCUUAAAUAGUGGGGGAUCGUCAUGAUCCAUCUUGUCUCUAUUGAUCUUUUGUGCCUUUUCU